AUGGCCUAUUAUUUACCUCAAGAUAGGGUUUUUAUUAACAAUAGAAAGAGAACUGCCAGUUUACAUCCCAUAAAAACGCCGGAUUUGUUGGAAUUAAACAAGAAUUUUAUACAACAAAACUUUAGACCAAGCAGCUUACAUGCUGUUAAACAUGAUUCCAAUUACUUGUUAGGUUCUUCAAUUGUUAAUGUGAACUUUGUCAACAAUGUGUCUCAUCCCAACCGAGGCUUUGAGGCAUGUCGCAACAUCCCUAUUUUGAAUAGCCCAAACUAUCAAAGACCACAUUUAAAUGUUAAAUAUCCUUGUAUAGUUGAAAAUUAUUCGCCCUUAAUAGGCAACGUUGGUAAUCAUGGAAAUAUGUACCCUCUUGAAAACUACACUUAUUACAGGCCGAUUCCUGAUUAUUGUUCACAUACACCCAAGAAUAAUCUAAAUGUUGAGGACAAGAUAAUCAAAAGGAAAACCAAAGAUUCCAUGGAAUUUCAACAAUGUGAAGAUAAUAAUGAAUCCUUGGAUCCUAUAGUGACAAGAAAUUAUUUAUCAAAUUUAGAGAAUGAUCCUAAUAGCGAAGGUCAAGAAGAAAUUGAAGAUGAUUCUCCUUUAAAGGAAAGUAGAUAUAACUUUAGAUCACUAGGUGAUUCAAGAAUAAAUGCAAGGAAAAACAAGUUGGAUGAGUACUUAGAUAAGGCAAAAUCAGUAAAGGAAAAGGCUGAUAAUUCUCAUAAAAGGGUAAAAAUCACUUCUGGAAAACCUACAUAUGAGUUUGUUGCCAAGUACCCUGAUCCAGUAGAGAAGGAGUUGGAGAAGUGGCACAACUCUCACAAUUCAACCCUGAAGUGGGAGAGAAUUCGACACGGGUUAUAUUCUGUUGGAGGAUCAAUAGUACAGCUAAUAAAAUCAAAUGGAAGUUUAUAUGUAGAAGGUCAUGGAUUCAAAAAAUAUAAGGGCCAAUUGGGGAUUCAAAAAUUUGUCGAGGAAAAGGAAUCCAGGUUACUAAGGGAAAGAAUCUAACAAAAC